AUGGCGCAGUGGAGGGAGGUUUGGGUUGAUGGCGUCGUGUGCGGGCACCGUGGUACAUUGGCGGCGGUCGGAGACGAUGUCGUCGGCUACAGUGCUCGCGUGGGCAGGGGAGCUGGUGUCGCCGUGAGUGUGUCCGCGCGAGGAGAGAGCGAGAUGAGGGCUGAGUCGACGGGGCAGGGUCGGUGUCCACGCGUGUCCGGGGCGUGUCCGUGCGCGCUGCAGCGCGUUACGGGCGGCGCGGGCACGUUCUGGUCUGGGCCAUGCCGGGUGAUCCCUGGCCAUUGGCGGAAAAACAAGGAUGCAGCUGAUGUUAUGACAUGGAGGGAGUAUGAAUCUCUUCGUAUUGAGAUGCGGCGUGAAUUCCGCGAUCAGGACGAAGAACUUAAGGGGACCGUUCAGGAGGUCACCCAGAAGCUGGAUACUACUAAUGAGACCGUCACUAAGAUGCAAGAACAAAUGACGGAUAUUCAGCGCAAUAUUCAAGAAUUCAGCGAUGUGUUUCCAGAGGAGGUGACAGCAGGAUUGCCACCAUUGCGUGUCCAGCCCAUUCCCUCGUGGACAAACCCGGAGAUGUUCCCGACGCGGAUGCUCGGGUCCGGGGUUUGGGGAGGACCUAUUGCCGCGGGGGGCCCACCCGGCGAGAUGGCGUCGGACGAUGACCGCUCGGUGGCGGCCGACUCGUGGUCCAUCAAGAGCGACUACGGGAGCACCCUCGACGACGAGCAGUGCUACGCCGACACCGCCGAGGUCCUCCUCGCCUCCUCCCGCCCCUCCUCAGGCUCCGCCGCCGCGCCCUCCGCCUGCUCCUCCUCGCUCAGCGCCCACCACUCCUCCGACUUCAGCUUUGACAAGGAUGUGCCCGAUGUCGUGCCACCGAUGCUGGGCUUGCAGAGUUAUCACGAUGGCGCAUACGCGGAAGACCUAGCUAAUUACAAUGAACGCAGCCACGCGGAUGAAUGGUUUGGCACCGAGGUCAUGGAUGUCCUUGUAGACUGGACCAAAAACUUGCGUUCCAGCAAAGAUUUGCCUGGCUGCAGCGUACUUGACAUAGGAUCCGGAAGAUAUGGGUUCUCUGAUCUAACUGGCAUCGACUAUAGCGAAGCUGCUAUUGAGCUUGCUCGAAAUCUUGCAAUUCGUGAUGGAUUUGAGCACAUUAAUUUCUUGGUUGAUGAUGUUCUGGAGUCAAAGUUGGAAAGAAGGUUUGAACUUGUGAUGGAUGAAGGAACUCUGGAUGUCGGGACCUCCGCUUCCCAAUAG